GGAAAAAUCGAAAUGGUGGACGUAUCGGGACGCAGGAUCCCGAGAGGAGACGAAGGACGAUAAACUGGGCAAGGGCCCAUCAUCCGUGACAUCGGUAUUAUCAAAUCAGGAACACGAUUAACCGCGAAUAUUGGUGUAAUAUUAAGGUGGACCGGCGACGACAGAACUGGCGCGGAAUUAUCAGUGACAGUGUCUCUUGUUUACUGAAGUGUCAAUCCGCCCGUAUUGUACGUGUGUUCUUUAGGUGCGAGAAAACAGAGGGACAGUGUGUGUCGAGUGCGCGAGAGCCACAGUUGCACGUAACGUUGUUUUUGAUGGCACGCUAACACAACGGUGCCCGGAAACGGCGAUAUAUUUCUCGGAUAAACGAUUCAGAGGAAAGAGAAUCGGGGGAUCGGGAACAGACGGCAGUGCAUUUACAGUGAAAAUUAUCAAGCCCACGGAAGCAUGUCCAAGUAUGUGAGAGCUUUAGUGAUCUAUAAGAAUGUGUCACAUCGAGCAUCUUGUUAUCAGCGAAGGAGAUAAGAUACUUCCUUAACGCACAAAAGUUUUAUAAUACAUACAAAUGCAAACACGACUGUAAUUCUUUGCAAUAAAUGUACUACAAUACUCAAAAGGCAUGAAAAUGUUUAUAAAGCAUUGAAAACCUUGGAUUAUUGUCUCAGCGGUAAAACUGAGUUAUUGCCUGCCAACAAUAGCACACCUACAUUCUUUCCACCUAUACAGUGAAUGUCAUGACAAAAUAUAAUGGCUGUCAGGAAAGUUUUGCUAGACAUUCAGUGUUGAAUAUGUGAUACUUGAAUUAAAACGCGUCAUUCUAUAAAUUCAAAAUACUCCAAGGGCUUAGGAACAAUAUCAACAAGGAUAUACAUAAAAUUGACUGAAUAUAUAAAAUUAGAAAAAAAGCAAAGAGAACUUUACUUACUCUAUUUUAUUAUACUGAAAAAGAAUGUAUAUGAUCGAAUGAUUAUAAUACUCUGUGGUAUUUUGUCCUAUUGAUUAAACAAUGAAGUUGAGAGGAAGCUUUAAAACAGAUUUGGAUAUAUUUUACUAUUUCUGUAAACUACAUAUUAAAAUGGAGAAAAAUUAAUAUUCACAAAUUUUUAUUUUGUUGAACCAAUUCAUAUGUAAGACUUGACGUGAUAUAUAUGUACAUAAAUAUGGUCAUUUUAGUUUAUGAGUAUUGAAUAAUUUUGAGUGCAUUUGACAAAAUUAAAUAAAAAUAAGUUAAUGUAAACAAUACCUGUAAAUAAGUCCAGUAAUCUGUAAGACUGUAACAGUGAACAUUUUUAAACAAAAUGUGUAAAAGUUAUUUUAAACGUUUGCAUCAGUGGGUGUACAUAAUUGAAAAACAAAAAGAAGAAGAAACAAUACAUUUGAAGUUCUGCAUGGAUGAUAGAGGACAAUUUUGUUAACCCUACUUAAAAUAAGGGUUAAAAAGAUGGACAGCUGUUGCUCAGGAGUGGUGCAAGUAUUUGUGGGUGAAUGGAGCCCAGACUAUGAAGCACUUUCAAUUAAAGCUACAAAACAAACUUCAUCAGCUGAGAUAGUAGAGUGCAUCAUUGAAAGACUUGGUUUAGUUGAUCCUAACAUUUCGAAUGGAUAUGAAUUAGCAGAAGUAGUAGGAAAUUCUGUUGGUCAAGAAUGUAAGGAAAGAAGACUUGGGCCAACUGAGUGCCCUGUAGCACUCAUGUUAUUAUGGCCCAAAAAUGCAGCGCAACAAGAAUACUAUAGGUUUUACUUACGAAAAAAGCAGCCAGAUUUAUGGUCGGAUAGUAGGUUUCCAAUGGAUCCACAGCUCCUGAAGGACUAUUUUAAUAGAUUCCUAUAUCAACCACGUGACAAAGAAUAUCCAGAUCUGUGUCAACUUCCAGACCUUAAUGAGCAAACGCUACUAGACAACCUCCGGGCUAGGUUUUUGGCUGGGAACAUAUAUACUUAUGUUGGCAGUAUUUUGAUUGCAUUAAAUCCAUUCAAAUUUUAUCCUAUCUACAAUCCAAAAUAUGUAAAACUCUAUCAAAAUAGAAGAUUGGGGCCAGAUAUACCUCCACACAUAUUUGCCAUAGCUGAUGCUGCUUAUCAUUGUAUGCUUAAGGAGAAAAGAAAUCAGUGUAUUGUAAUUAGUGGUGAGAGUGGAUCAGGUAAAACUGAAUCAACAAAUUUUCUACUGCACCAUUUAACAGCACUCAGUCAAAAAGGUUCACAUGGUAGUGGAGUUGAACAGACAAUACUUAGUGCUGGUCCUGUGUUAGAAGCAUUUGGUAAUGCAAAAACAGCACAUAAUAACAAUAGUAGUCGUUUUGGAAAAUUUAUUCAAGUGAACUAUAAGGAAAAUGGAAUGGUGCAUGGGGCUGUGGUGCAAAAAUACCUUCUGGAAAAGUCUAGAAUAGUCUCCCAAGGAAGAAACGAAAGAAAUUACCAUGUAUUCUAUUAUCUUUUGGCUGGAGCGAGUGAACAAGAAAAACAACUUCUGCAUUUAGAAAAGUGUGAUCGUUAUAAUUAUUUAAAUAAAAGUGGUUGUUAUGGGCUGGAAAAUAUCGAUGAGAGACAUGAAUUUUCAAGACUGAAACAAUCUAUGGAAAUGGUUGGAUUCACGCCAGAAAAACAGAGGCGAUUGUUCGCCGUUCUGUCAGCUGUUCUUCUACUCGGCAAUGUGGAAUUUCAACCUAGAAAAUCUUAUCAUCAUCACGAUGAAGCUGUAGGAGUUAAAAAUCCCGAAGUAGUAGCAUUAAUAUCUGAACUUCUUAGAGUUAAACAAGAGACUCUUUUGGCAGCGCUUACCGCGAAGCGUGCAAGAGCCUCUGGGGAAACUUUAGUUAUUAAUUAUAGGCUCCCAGAAGCAAUUGCAGCAAGAGAUGCCAUGGCUAAAUGUCUAUAUGGGGCUCUAUUUGAUUGGAUUGUUCUGCAGGUCAAUCAUGCAUUGCUUUCAAAGAAAGAUACUCUCAGAGAUCAUCAAGGAAAUAGUAUUGGUGUGCUAGAUAUUUUUGGUUUUGAAGAUUUCAAAACGUGCAAUAGCUUUGAACAGUUGUGUAUAAACUAUGCAAAUGAACAAUUACAACACUAUUUCAAUCAACAUGUUUUUCAAUAUGAGCAACGAGAGUAUAGGAAACAAGGAAUUAGAUGGACAGAUAUAGGAUAUAGUGACAAUUCAGGUUGUUUAAAUUUAAUAGAAGGAAAACCAAACGGUCUUCUUUGUCUUCUAGAUGAUCAGUGCAAUUUUCCGGGCGCAACGAACGAGACAUUAUUACAAAAAUUUAAUUCAGUACAUAAAGACAAUCGGUUUUAUGAAGCACCACAGCGACGAGAAGCAGCAUUCGUUGUACGACAUUAUGCAGGAGCUGUUAAAUAUCAAGCUUCUAAUAUGAGAGAAAAAAACCUGGAUUUAAUGCGACCUGAUGGUGUGGUUGGCGUACUGAAAAAUUCUUCCCUCGCUUUUGUUCGAGAAUUAGUGGGUGCAGAUCCUGUUGCAGUAUUUAGAUGGGCGAUACUCCGUGCAUUCUUUCGUGCUCAUUUUGCUUUUCAAGAAGCUGGUCGGGUUCACAGACAUGGUCGAGUUGACGGUACAAAAACAUCUGUACAAAACAGGUAUAGGACACCGAACGAGAAUUUGAUAAGUUCGCACAAACAUAAUCGUCCACCAAGUUAUCAGAAGCAGCGCAGUGUCUGUAUACCAUCAACAAUACCCACUACCACAUUAUCUUCUAUACAACUCGAAAACAACGACAAUGUAAACAACAACCGAUUGUCGUGGCCACAAUUCCGAAACAUUAAUCAAACGCAACACCCGUCCAAUGUGACCAUGAUGAAGGGUUACUUAAUAAGGGGCAGGGAAGACCAGCCUCAUAGUAAUAAUAAACUCAGACGAGAUACUCAUACUCCGCUAGAGAGGGUGCUUCCAAAAGACGAAGCAAACGUCAUGGAACGCGCUAAUCAGAUAGUCAUGAAAAACAAAUCAUUUCGACCAAGAGAACGUGGCAAGAAGGGUCUAAAAAAUCUUCAGACUGUAAAAACUCUUGCGGGUAGGACACAGAGUUAUGGAACUGGACCCGGGAAAGCAAGAAAACAGCCAAUGACAGUGUCUGCACAGUUUCAACAAAGUUUACAUAGUCUUAUGGAUACUUUAAAUCAAGCGAACCCUUUUUUCAUCAGAUGCAUUAAAAGUAAUGCAAACAAAGUACCAAAUGAAUUUGACGAAGAAACUGUGCAACGACAAUUAAGAUACACAGGAAUGUUAGAGACAGUACGAAUUAGACAAGCCGGAUUUAAUGUUCGAUUAACGUACGAAGAAUUUAUUCAAUUGUACAGAAUGUUAUUACCGAAGGGCCUGUUAAGUUCACAAUCUGACGUUAGAGAUUUCUUGUUGACAUUGAAUCUUAAUAGAGACAAUUAUCAGCUUGGAACGACUAAGGUCUUCUUAAGGGAAUCAGAAAAAAUUAAAUUGGAUAGAGAACUCCACCAGCAAAUCAUCACAAGUAUUACAACUAUACAAAAGUGGUUCCGUGCUUGUCUAGAGAGGAGAAAGUUCCUGAGAUUGAAAAAUGCUGUCAUACAAAUAGAGUCUUUCUGGAGAAUGAUCAUUGCUCAAAGGCUUGUUGCUCAAUCUCUACGUGCUAGGAUUGAUGCUGCUAUUCACAUACAAUCCGCUUGGAGAGCGUACAAACAACACACGUGGUUUAAAAAGCUCAGGUCUUGUAUGAUUACGUUUCAAGCUCACGUCAGAGGGAACAAUGCGAGAAAAGCUUUUGCUGAGCUGAAGAAACGCAAGAACAUACUCGUUGAUAAAAUUGGAGAAUAUAAAGAAACUCCAGAUCAAAGGGAACUUUUGUAUGAUACCAAUAAAGUGUACUCAAAGCUCAGGAGCAGUGAAGAGUCACUUACAGAAGACCAUGCAUUAUUGGAUUUCAAUACGAUUCGAAAAGUGGAGUCGCAAAAUCGUUUCAUUCCAGCAAGAACGGACGCUAUAGCAAGGGACAGCACCAUGGACACAAACAUGACGUACUCCAAACGGAAACUUGGACGAAACACGAGAAUGCUGUACGAAUCCAAUACAAUACUAAAGAACACAGAACCCUAUUCUUCCGAAGAAUUCAACGAACGUAAAAGCAGUUUGGAGAGCUUGACUAGUUUAAGGAGUUACGAAUCUCAAGUUAGCGUGAACAGCUCCGAGUCUCAAGAAAAUUACUGCAAACCUGUACCAAGCACUAGAACGAAACGUGGUGAUCAUUCCCCUGGGGUGACAGUGAACACGAACUUAGUACACGCAUCGAGUCAACUGUCAUCGGUCAGCAAACGAGCGGACAGUUCGUCGACGGGGUACAGUGAUGGUGAGACCGACACGGAAAUUCCGAGUGCAGUGCAAAGUGCUCCGCCGGUCUUCAACGCUGCUCCACCGUUCCCGAAUCCGCGAGACGUUAAAUUCCAUCAAUCGAACAUCAAUUUAACUCACAGCCCGAAUUCUGACAUUUGGCGUCGCAGAGCAGACUUCUCAUCCAUCAACUACAGUGACUAUCCAUUGUCUGGCUCUCAGAAGACAACGCUGACGCGUUCACCGAAUGUCACGCAGUAUAAAAACACAGUGGACAACACGCACGAACAGACGCAACAUGAAAAGCCGAACGAGGCGUCGAAUUACAACGUCAAACUGGACGCAAACGAGCGUUUCGUUCAUAUGGAGAGCACAGCGAUCAGCAGAGACCAGCGUCGACUCAGCGACAACAGUAUGUCUAGCGAGAAAUUGGACAGCGUCUCGGCAUCACCGAUUAGACGAGAUCAAGGAUACGGCCACGGAAAAGAUCUCAAAGAUUUCAGCUACUUGAGGCGACAAAAUUCAGAAGGAGACACAUCCAUGAAGUUGGAUUCCGUUAACGAUGAAAACACUUUGAAGAGUUCCCUGUUCAGAGGAACGUCGCCUAAAGAAAAAAAUUCGAGACCCAAGGAGAAGUCCGAGCCUGAUGUGCCGGUUAGAAGCGCGAGAAGAAACCGGGCGCCCCGAGAAUUCCAUUGUUGGUCCAUGGGUGAGAGCGUGUCCGAUCCUAAUAGCGGGGAAACGAAGAGUCUCUUCUUGGGCACGAUUAAGGAGAGCGACUUAAACAAGUCGGCAAACGUAUGGACCCACAAGGACAGUCCGCGCGAGACUCCAUCGAGAACGGUGACGGACUGGCCUGUUAACAAAACGGAAUCGGCAUCAAAGACCCAGCAGCCUGGUAAGCGUAUGAGAUCUAACGCUAUAACGACUUUAGAGCUUAGAAGAAGGAACUCCGACCCAGCCACGAAGAUAUCAGGUUUGAGCGAGGAUAAAGCCGGCAUCGAUACGAGUCCAAACGACUUGAAACUCGCUCCUGGGAUGAAUCUCUUAGAAUGGAAGGGUAAUCUGUUCACAUUGGCCGGGCAUCGGUUCAGGAAGGUCGGUAGGUUCGCGAAGGAUGACGUUUGCGUUUGCUGCCACGAGAAGAUGGACGCGUUUGUUACGCAAGGGUACAAGUGUCUUGAAUGUAAACAAUUGUACCAUGUGAAAUGUAUUCAGAAUGGAGGCGUGUUGAAGAUGCCGUGUCUCCUGACGAACACGCCUGGUAGGCGGAAAAACAGGAAGCCGCCUCGAACGCCGUACGAUGCGACAAAGCAAACGGUUGCGUCGAAAUUCAGCUUGACCGGCACCUCCGCUUUCUCGGAUAGUACGGAUAAAAUCAUAUCGGAUGCAAAAGAACUGGCGUUGAUGCAAGAGUUCAUCACUAAGAAGAUUUACAUAAUGGAGGGUCAAGAAGAGGGCAGGAAACCCAGCGAGGUGGACCGGGUAUUCAAACAGGCUCUUCGCAAGUUCAAGGACGACCUGGUGAUCACUUACAGCGUUGCUGUUCAGCAGGGUGUCGAAGGCAACAUCAAGUACACUGACCUGAUCGCGAACUUUUUGCAUGUGAUGGAAACAGUGUGCAAGCAGGAAAAUACCAGCGAAGACUUUCCUGUGACGAUGGGGGUAAAUGCCUUCCGCGGUUUCAUGAACGAGUUCAUGACACUAGUCAAAACCGAAGCUCCGGAGAAACAAAGUAAAAGCAAGCGGAAAAAAGAAAAGAAACGGAAGCAAGAGGAACCGACUCGGCACGGCAAUCACAUGUUCCAGCUGACCAUCAUAAAUAUACCCACCGCAUGCGAAGUUUGCACCUCCUUCUUCAUGUGGCCUAUUGAACGAGGACUCGUUUGUCAAAAUUGCAAGCUGACGUGUCACAAGAAGUGCUACAUGAAAGCGUCCGCGGAGUGUGGCAAGGACGGGUCGCUGCACGAAAUGAACUCGCGGAAGGUAUUUGGCGUGCAACUAUACAAAUUGGACUGCGGAGACGGUAAGGUGCCACUAGUGGUCGACCGAUUGAUUACUACGAUAGAGAUGCACGGUCUCUACACGGAGGGUAUAUACCGGAAGAGCGGCGUCAGCUCAAAGGUGAAGGAACUAAAGCAGAAGAUGGACGAGGGCGAUCUGGAGAAGGUGGAUUUCGAGAAUUACCAGGUGCAUGUGCUCGCGGCAGUGUUGAAGAGCUUCUUUCGCGACAUGCCGGAACCUCUAUUGACCUUCGAGUAUUACGACGACUUCUUGCACGCCGCAAACCUGACUGAUCCUCAGGACCGGAUCAGCACAUUGUUUGCCAUACUGAAGAAAUUGCCGAAACCCAACUUCGACCUGAUGGAACGUUUGAUCGUCCACCUGGCGAGGGUGGCGCUCCACGAGGUCGACAAUCGGAUGUCCCCGUCUGCUUUAGCGAUAGUUUUCGCGCCAUGCAUCCUGCGUACCAACAGGACGCUGCCCGCUCAAGACUCGCUGCAAGACGUCGGAAGGCAAACCUGUUGCGUCGAGACAAUCGUGCAAGAGAAGCUGAGGGUUGUGCGUGCCACCCUGGCCGAUAUAAACACUCUCGAAUCUGCUUGUCACACGGCCACCCAUCGUUUGUCCAGCCUGCGAUCCUCGAAGAUCUUCAGCCCAGAAGAACUGAAUGCAGCGGUCUCAAACGCGGCCGCGAGAGGCGGCACCGCGGAUCGGGACAGGGACCGGGGCGACGAAGAGGAAGCGCUUCUUGUCGACCACAUACAGGAAAUCGAGGAGGAGAAAGCGCUGUUAACCUCGAACCUUCUCAGCCUAACGAGAGAUUCCUCGGACGACGACCUACACCCCUCUGCCACAGAUCUGGAUGAUGGGUCUCUCGACGAUCUGCGUCCAUCCUCCCCCGACGGUCUAGAAAGGAAGAAACUGAUCCAGAGGCAGAGCUCCGACGAAGACAUGGUAAUGGUAUGAUCAUCGACGGGGGGACGUUACCACGACGGAUGAUCGAUACGUGUAGCAACAUGACACGCGCUGUGAAGCGUCGGACUGACGGCAGCGAAUCGACGAGUCUUCACUUCUGGUCUCAUCGGCGAGCCGCUAGUAAUUUAAACUAAGUAGUUAAAAGAGAAACAAAAAGCAAAGAAAACAAGAAAACACGACAUUAGGUAGGUCUAGUAAUUUGUUCCACGCGAAGUUAAGCUGAUAAUUUGAUCAAAACGUACAUGUAUAUGUAUAUAUGUAUACAUAUAUAUGUAUACACGAUUACACACACACAAAUAUAUAUACAUAUAUAUAUAUUUUUUUUCACUCUGUCGCAAAGCUUUCAGAGAUUUUCAAUGAACGAUUUAACAAAUUACGCGCGCGCGAGUUGAAGGGAGUGUGGUUAGCUUCCCUCGAAGGAAAAGGAAAUAACAGGAUAAGAACAGGAAGUAGAGACGAAGAAUAAAGAAGAAGGGGAAAGGGCGUGCUAAAAGUUCAUUUUAUAAAUCUAUUUUUCUCUCGAGAACGCAUUCCUCUCUUCGAUCCGAAGACUGUCCAAUCAGGCUGCAUACACAUAUGCGUAGGUGUUUAGACCCGCGAUCCAUUCGGACGCGCUUUAAUUGUGGCUCCGCGCCCAAUUUUCUUUCGGUCCGUCGUUGCCGUACGCGCGUAUUACUCGUUUCUCACGAAGGAGAAACCGUGUUGGUUGCCUCGCUGAGGAAGCGACGCGGAGAACGACGAUUCCAUUCGUUGCAUUGUUACGAGCGUUUUAGUCGCGUCUCGAUUCUCGUUCUUCCCGCGUGUUUCCCCCUUUUUUAUUUUUCCUUUUUCUCUCGACUCAAUUCGUUUUCUAAGGGGACGACGUUCGUUCUUGUUCGUCUAUCCGCUGUUUUACAGAUUUUAUAGACUGUUGCGUGAAUCUUAAACGAAGUCAAACACUCGCACACAACACACACACGCACACAUACACACACGUAGAGACGUGAGAAUACGCUGAGUGAGCGUGGUCCUUUUCCCCUUAUCGAUAAAGUGGGGAGCGUGUGCCGCUUCGUUCGACAAUCACCGAUCUCGGACGCGAGGGCGUUCGGUGUCUUUCCGUUCCAGCAGGAUUCGAGAACGCACGCGGCGCCGAGACUAUUGCCGUGAAGUAUAAAAGAGUCUCUCUCCUGCGGGAGAGAGGUUUCGUUCGCAUGGUGAUAGCUCGUCGUCGACGGUCAUCGGAGUCUCUGGUCUCUCCCAAGCGGUUUCCAGCUUCCACGUGGCGUGAAGAGAGGAAACGGACGGGAAAUAGAGUUAGCUAGAUGGUGGAGAGGAGGAAAGGGAAAAGGAAACGAGGGGGGAAAGAGGAAACCAAAACUGUAGCUUUGUACAUAUUAUAUAUUAAUGAUCAUCUCGUGAGAAUCUGUUAUUAUUGUUAACUCUUCGCGAGAGACGUUACCAAGAUUUAUAUUUCUACUAUUGUCGAUAUAUUUCUUCGCGUAGGGCUUUACACACACGUCUGUUUGUCGUGAUAAUAUAUACAUACAUAUAUACAUACAUACACGCGCAUACACACAGGGACUGCCAAUUUUUUCGUUCGUCCUCACUCAAAUCUAUUCUCUAACUUUCUUUUCUUCUCUCUUACUGUCUCAUUUCCAUGUGUAAUUUCUUCUUUUUUUAAUUGUUUAUUUAGGCUAUAUAUUAUAUAGUUUCAUGCAGAGACUCCCCUUUGUACCGUACGAACGUGUCCGCGAACAAGUAUGUGCAAGGAAACGUGUACACCGACGAAGACAUUUAUAAAUAUAUAUAUGUACGAGUACUUACGUGUAUAUACAGAGAUUUUGCGCGCACAGAACUGAGCAGACGGUUUUUUUUAAACUUGAGAUUUAUCGCAAUUUCGUUUUAGUUCCACUGUCGUCCGAUGCCCUUUUUUUUCUUUCUUUUCGAUUUUCUCCUCUUUUUCUGUUUUUCGUAGUUUCCCACUUUCUUUUAUACUCGUGUCUUCCAACAGUUUUUAAUUCACCGUAGCGGUCGACUCUUCUCCUUUUUGUUUCAUGAAGUUCUCGCAUUUCGAGGCGGAGCCGAACGGCUUAAUAAUCCACAAAAGUUUGCGGUCGAAUAAAAGAAUUCGAACGAGCCCGUAUUAGAAUGAGAAAUUUCGGAAUUCGCGGCUUUCCGGAUUUCCUUCUCUUAUUUUCCGAUUUCAUUCUUCCCUUUCGUUUUAAUAUGCUGCUUAGCGCGCCGCGAUUAUUAAAUGUAAUUUUAUCUCGUGCCGACAGUCGCGUUUAAUACAAUUCCUGAUAAAGUCCACCGCAAGGGCGAAAUCCUUUCGCGGUCUUAUUCGAACCGCGUACUGCGUACAUUUUAACCGCAUCGUGAAUCAUAUCAAUUCCACAAUUUCACAACUUACCGGCGUGCAAUUUAGAAAAAGGCCUCACGUUUUCUUUUAAUCUUUCUUCUACUUUAUUUCCCGCCCUUCUUUUCUUUUUCCUGUGCCUUGAAUUUCUUAAUUGCCGUUGGAAGUCACUGCUUCCGGGGAGAUCAUUUUCAAUGUAUUUUCAUUCAUCGCUAAUGACCUUUGCAUCCGGAAAAGCGCUUAAUUAAGUCUCGCGUGGCGAGCUUUUCGACCGACAAUUCUCUCUAACAUCCAUUCGUCCUCUAUUUAUGUUUAGGAUUCGCGUUCUUCUUGUUUGUUUCGUUUAUUUUAUUGUUUUUCAUUUUAUUUCACGCACGGCCGUUCGAAUUCUUCUUUCAGUUCUUGCCGACGCAUUUCGUGUUUCGCGGAAGAAAACGAUUGAGCCACUGUUUUUCACACGGCUGGUCUCCUUUACGCGAAAAGGAGAAGAAUCUUUCCGCCGUUAUGUUGCAAGCUGUACGAAUUUCUUUUACUGGCGCGUAAUCGAACAAUUCGAAACGGUCGAAUCAAAUUCUAUUCGCGUUGAGUUACGUGACUGGGUCGCGCGUGACUUUUACCCAACUAACUUAGGUUUAAGCCGGGAAAAAUUCGGAAAAGGGCGCACGGCACGUUCUCCCAAAGCGUUUCUAUUCUUCUUUCUAUCGACUCGCGAAGUCUGUGCACUGGGUGUCCCGUUUUUUAACGAUCCGCGACGGCGUUUCCGCGCCCGUACGUGAUGAACAUUGAAAAGUUUCGAACAAAGAAAUCCAUGGACUCGUUACUAUUUAGUUGUAGAGAAAGAAACGGACGCGUUGAUAAGGAUUCUGAGUACUGAAGGCUUUUAUAUUUCUUUAUUGAAAACGGAUGGAUCAUCCUUUUAUACUUCACAAAAUAUUUGAACUUGAACCUCUUUAGCACUACAAAGUUCAUUAUGCUUCAGAGAGAAAUUUUCAAUUGCAAUUUUUUUGGUUUUAUAUUUCUCAUCGAAUCUUCCGUUUUCAAUUCAAUACAAAUUUCAAUGU